UGUCAUUGUUACUACUCAACCUCCUCUUCUUAGUCUUCCCUCGUCUGAUAAUAACAAUAAUGGUAGCAAUCAUGGUCAUUCUCACACCACCGGUAGCUCUGAUUCGGGUGAGGGGCAAUACACUCGUGGAUGGCUGCGCCAGCACGUGGAUACUCUCAAAAGUAUCGUCGUGGUGAUGAAGAUUUGCCAUGACGCCGAGAUUGAAAGAGAACGGGUGAAGAAAGAAGAAGAGGAACGGCUUAAGAGUGAGUUAGCAGAAGAGCAACGGAAGCUGCAAGAGAAGAAGGAUCGCGAAGUUUUUCAUGCGCAGAUUUCGGAUGCCAUGAAUAGCAAACUCGAUCUUGUUUGUGUCCUUAUGGAGAAGAAAGAGAAAGACAGUGACUCAGAGGAGGUUGCCAAGUUGAAAGCGCAGAUGGAAGAGUUGCGCAGAGGUCAGUCGAAAGGAUCGACAUCAACUGUUGUUGUGAAGGGUAGGUCCUCGAACAACGAUUUGGUUGAGCAGUUGCUUCGAGAGCAGGAAGAACUGAAGAAGCGGUUAGCCAACAUCACCUGGUCCAUCAGUGACCAACGAGUCACCACACUCGAGAAAGAGUUGGCUAUGGCGCAGAAGUCACAUGAUGAGGCACUUGUGGCGGCUGAUACUUGGAAGAAAGAAGCCCUGAGACCGGGCAACAAACAUGGGAAUGUGGUUCUUCCCACUCCAGUCUCACAGCCUCCUGUGAGGACACGUGUUACUCCACUGCCGGUAUCGCCCUCUGGUGCGUUGCGGAAAGCAGCUGAAGAUUACCGGGAACUGAUUAUCCGACACCAGGAGGAGGUGGAAGCCUUGAAAGGGCUUCGAGCUCGGGACAUGAAUGAUAGACGUAAAGCAGAACAGGAGGCUGAGCGAUUGCAUGAAGCUUUGAAGAUGAGCAAAGAGAAAGGUAAAAUGCACACGACACCCCGAUCUGAGUUUCAGGCUCGUCUUGACGAUGCGGACGAAGAUCGGGCAAAAAAGACGUGUGCGAUGUUGAAAAAGAAGACUAUCGAAAUCCCCGAGGAGGAGGACGGCAAGACGAACGAUAGGGAGGCCUUUGUCAAUGAGAUGCGAAAAACAUUGAAGCUGAUGAAGAAGGAUGAGAUCGUUUCUAUUUGCCUCAAAUAAGGUAUUCAUUAUUCCACCUUGGAGGCGUCGAAGGAAGCGAUUACUAAGCUGCGGACCGAGAGGGCCUUUGGCGAUCAUGGUACCAAUGAAGGGAAGGGAUGUGU